AUGCCUGAGAUGAUGGAGAUGGAAAUCAAUGGAAAACUCAGAUGUUGUACCGUUUCAGAUGUCUCGAAAAGAAGGAGAAUUUUGGAAUCUGCUGAUAGUCCACAACAUGGAGCCAUAGAUAGUACUGAUGUCACUAUUAGUUUUCAAGAUGGGCUAUGGCCUGAGUGGGUGUUGAUGGAAGUUCUGUGCAGGCUCCCAAUUAAGAUGGUUUUCCGAUGCAAAAGUGUCUCAAAACAGUGGCUUUCUCUAAUCUUGGAUCCUUAUUUUGUCCGCUUCUAUAACAUCACCUUUCGAGGCUGGCAAGCCUCUGCUUUCUCGGGCUUGGAUUGGUGCCGCCCUCCGUGGGUCUUUAUUUACAACAAAAUGAGUGCUGAAGGUUGUGAGAUGACCCUUUUUUCAGAAGAAAAACUAGUGGAUAUUAUGUAUCCUUUUCCAAACUCCCCUUCCCCUAAUUAUUGUGUACUUCCCAUUCCGAAAUCUCAGCAACAAGGUAAGAAGGGAGGAAUCUAUACCAUCCAUGCCAUUCACGACGGGCUUGUGCUGUACAAGUGGAGGGAUUUUCGUAAGGGCAUAGAUGAGCUGUACAUCUGCAAUCCCAUGACCAACCAGUGGUUUCAACUUCCUCAACCACCCAAAUAUAUCCCAAUGGAAAAUGGCAGCUAUGGUUUCAUCACGCGGGUUGAAGCCGGAAUCUUAACCAGCUACAGGGUCGUGUUUGUCCGUUGUCAUCCCCGGAAACAAUUUUUCAUCGAGUUCGCGGUGUUCUGUUCCGAAUCAGGAAAAUGGGUAGAAUAUACCGUUCACUCCAGGCGUGCAGUUCAGGUUUCUUAUAUCAAGAAGACUGUGUUCCUCAACGGGAAACUGCACUGGAACGAUUGUGAGCUCGGGCUUAUAGCAUACGAUCCUUAUAAGAGUCCUGAUGAGAUGCGGUUGAUAGAUUUUCCCAAGGAUAGAUACAGAGGUUAUAGACCAGGCACAUACACCACGAACUUGAGCUCGUGUGGCGUCCACCAAGGGCUUCUCAAGUAUUUUGAAGUUACUGAUCCAUUCAGUACGCGUGGCUUCUCGCAUCUCAAGAUAUGGGUGCUCGAGGACUAUGAUAUGGGUGGAUGGUGUAUGCAGAAUAUGGUUGCGUAUGAAGAUAUCAGGAUUGGCGGCAGUUUGUAUCGCGGAUCAGUAGUUGUCGACCUCGUUUGUUUCCAUCCGUAUGAUGCGGACAUAGUGUAUUUGAGGUGGUGCAGCAACUUGGUCUUGUACGACAUGCGGACGAGGGAGGUGAGAUCGCUGGGCGUUCCUCAUGAACCAGAGAAGCGUUUCAGGUUCACGUGUGACGGGCACUGUCUAUGCUUCCCACUUGUGCUCCCGCCAUGGCCUAUUUCUAUUCCGACCUCUCUAAUACCAAAGCUAUAG